CAGAUCCAGCCUCAUCCUCAAGCUUCACUCUCCGUGUGUCAGGCGAUUCGGCAUCCGAAGCUCGCGGUGCUGCUGGCGUUGGGAUUGCGCUAAGUGUCACGGCCGAGCGUUUACUUCUCAAAUGGAUUCCGGUCAACAACAGACUUUGCGCCGCGCCCACGCUAGAUAUUCGAGCUAUACCGUUUGUGGGGCUCCCAUUUCUGGGCUCCAUCUAUGGCCGCCGAGUUGUCGCACGCAACAUGGCUUGGUACGACACGUUGAAAAGACCGUCAUUCGCUCCGCCAAAAUGGAUUUUUCCACCUGUCUGGAGCGCCCUUUACAUGUCUAUGGGUGUAGCAUCCUACUUGGUUUGGCGUAAUGCUUCCCCGGACAAAGUGACCUUGCCACUGGCUCUUUAUGGUGGUCAACUUAUUCUGAACUGGUCUUGGACGCCCAUAUUUUUCGGAGCACAUAAAAUAAAAGCGUCCGUCGCGGUCAUUUUGAGCACACUGGGCAUGGUGGUUGGCUGCUUCUUUGCGUUCCGUCCGAUCAAUGAGCUUGCGAGCAAUUUGAUGAUACCGUACAUCGCGUGGCUUAGUUUUGCCUCUCUCGUCAAUAUUCGUACGGCGAUGCUAAACCCGCAGUCUGACAAGAUUGACUAG